AUGGCUUCCAAUUUUCUUUAUGAUAUGCUUGUAAAUAACUCUGACUUCUUUGAAUCUGAUAAUGAUUUGGAGAUGCUCAAAGUUGUUACUAUGGAUGAAGAACUACUACAUAAUGAGAUAAGAUCAAACUCACGUCGUGGUUCUGUUCGAGGUUGCAAAGUCAUUUAUCGUGACCAUAUUCAAGGUCAUAAAAGGCUUUUUCUCAACUAUUUUGCUGAACUACCUAAGAUAACUAUUGCACUUAAGAUGCUUGCUUAUAGAGUAGCCGCUGAUUUUAUGGACAAAUAUGUAAGAAUUAGAGAAAGCAUUGCAAUAGAAAGCUUAAAAUAUUUUGCUAAAGCAAUUGUUGAUAUUUUUUCUAAUGAGUAUUUGAGGUCACCAAACAACAAUGACAUCGCUAAACUACUAGCGGUUGGUAAAAGUCGUGGAUUUCCUGGGAUGUUGGGGAGCAUUGAUUUUAUACAUUGGAAAUGGAAAAAUUGUUCGAUUACAUUGAAAGGUAUGUAUAUUGGUCACAUUCAUGAACUAACAAUUAUUUUGGAAGCUAUUGUAUCAUAUAAUCUUUGGAUUUGGCAUGCAUUUUUUGGAUUACCUGUGUCUCAUAAUGAUAUCAACGUGCUAGAAAGGUCUUUUGUAUUUACCGAACUAGCUCAAGGGCGUGCUCCUCCAGUCAAUUACACCAUCAAUGGUAAUGAAUAUAAACCGAGAUACUAUCUCGCCGAUGGUAUACAUUCACAAUGGUCAACAUUUGUGAAAACAACUCCUUCUCCUUAA